AACAAACGCACCAUAAGUUCCUAACUUCGCACUGAAUCUAUUAUCAGAUGAUAUUCAGAUCUCAGAUUCCAAUUCCUAAAGGAGUAGACCGUAGACGAACUGUCGAGGGUAACAAAGUAAAUAUAUCCCGAAUCAAUUUAAAAAUGACUCGAUUGUCAUCAUUUGCACACACGACCCUCCGCAGCCCUCCUCUCUUUAGCUCUCAACAAUGGCGGCCGCCACCAGUGCGAGGACCACAUUCAUCAAUCCUUCUUCGUUUCCUUCCUCCUCCAGAUCCCCAUUUACCUGCUCCAAAUCCUCUCUUCCCUUUUCCUUAACCCUUCAGAGGCUCUCUCUCCGCCGCGCCCUUCACAUCUCUAACUCACUCCCUCAUUCCGCAGCCAAACCGACCACCAUCACCGCCACCACCACUUCCACAACGACUGAAACGGUGCCGCAAAAUUUCACCUCUCGUUAUGCUGCCGAUGAGCCCCGAAAAGGAGCUGAUAUCCUUGUGGAAGCUCUCGAGCGCCAGGGGGUCAGCACGGUCUUUGCCUACCCUGGCGGCGCCUCCCUGGAGAUCCAUCAGGCCCUCACCCGGUCUCAUAUAAUCAGAAACGUUCUCCCUCGACAUGAGCAAGGCGGUGUCUUUGCUGCUGAGGGCUAUGCACGUUCUUCUGGCAUGCCUGGCGUCUGCAUCGCAACCUCCGGUCCUGGUGCUACCAAUUUGGUUAGUGGCCUUGCUGAUGCUCUCCUUGACAGCGUCCCUCUUGUUGCGAUCACUGGCCAAGUCCCUCGCAGAAUGAUCGGCACGGAUGCCUUCCAAGAGACGCCAAUUGUUGAGGUAACGAGAUCUAUCACCAAGCACAAUUAUCUUGUUCUUGAUGUGGAUGACAUCCCUAGGAUUGUUAAUGAGGCUUUCCUUUUAGCCACCUCAGGGCGCCCUGGCCCUGUCUUGAUUGAUGUACCAAAGGAUAUACAACAGCAACUUGCUGUCCCUAAAUGGGACCAGCCUAUUAGAUUGGCAGGAUAUAUGUCUAGGUUGCCUAAGCCUCCAAUGGAGGCACAUUUGGAGCAGAUUGUUAGGUUGAUUUCUGAGUCCAAGAAGCCGGUGUUGUAUGUUGGCGGCGGGUGUUUGAAUUCUAGUGAGGAGUUGAGGAGGUUUGUGGAGCUUACAGGGAUACCUGUUGCUAGUACUUUGAUGGGUCUUGGGGCAUUCCCUACUGCAGAUGAUUUGUCGUUGCAAAUGCUUGGGAUGCAUGGAACUGUUUAUGCUAAUUAUGCUGUGGAUAAGUGUGAUCUGUUGCUUGCUUUUGGAGUACGAUUUGAUGACCGUGUAACAGGAAAACUUGAGGCAUUUGCUAGCCGAGCAAAGAUUGUUCACAUUGAUAUUGAUCCAGCUGAGAUUGGGAAGAAUAAGCAGCCUCAUGUAUCAGUUUGCUCGGAUAUGAAGUUGGCAUUGAAAGGUAUGAACGGGAUAUUGGAGAGCAAAGGAGAUAAAGUCAAACUUGAUUAUUCAACUUGGAGGCAAGAACUAAAUGAGGAGAAGGUGAAACAUCCAUUGAGUUAUAAGACUUUUGGCGAAGCUAUUCCUCCUCAGUAUGCAAUUCAAGUUCUAGAUGAAUUAACUGGUGGAAAUGCAAUUGUAAGUACUGGUGUUGGUCAGCAUCAAAUGUGGGCGGCUCAAUUCUACAAGUAUAAGAGGCCUCGUCAGUGGCUGACAUCAGGGGGAUUGGGGGCUAUGGGUUUUGGAUUGCCUGCUGCCAUUGGAGCUGCUGUUGCAAAUCCCGGUGCUCUUGUUGUAGACAUUGAUGGUGAUGGAAGUUUUAUCAUGAAUGUCCAAGAGUUGGCAACUAUCCGUGUGGAGAAUCUUCCUAUUAAAAUAAUGCUGUUGAAUAAUCAACAUUUAGGAAUGGUUGUUCAGUGGGAAGAUCGGUUUUACAAAGCAAAUAGAGCUCACACUUUUCUUGGAGACCCAUCAAAGGAAUCUGAAAUAUUCCCAAAUAUGUUGACUUUUGCAGAAGCAUGUGGAAUACCUGCUGCCCGGGUGACAAGGAAGGAUAAUCUCAAAGCAGCUGUUCAGAAAAUGCUGAACACACCUGGGCCCUACUUAUUGGAUGUUAUUGUUCCCCAUCAAGAGCAUGUGCUGCCUAUGAUCCCGAGUGGUGGGGCAUUUAAAGACGUGAUUAUUGAGGGUGAUGGAAGAACAAAAUAUUGACUUUCAUUAGCCCUAAGUAUAUUGUCUUGCAAUGUAUUUUCCUUAACUAGAAGUUUGAGGUGCAGUUUGAAGUUAUUAUAGUUUUUCAAGUCUAAGUUAAUUUUGUAAUGGUACCUGGUGUUUUAUGGAGAAAAGGUUUGUGCUGCAUUAAUUAGUGUGUUUUUAAGCACUAGUUUUGUUCCCUUCCCUACUUAAAUCCUUCUUCCUUAACAUGAAAAUUGUGCUCUU